AUGUCAUCUUCAACAUCCCCUGGGGAGGGCUUCUCCAUCCUUCCAAUACAGAUGCCUCCCGCUCCGUCCUUCCCGACGCCAGCCGUCCACGAAGUGCGCAUUCGACGAAACGUGACAAAGAUUCCUACAGACAUCGACGGCCGAAGCCUUUUCUUGAAAAACGUCCCCGCCGACAGCACCGAAGCUCACUUCCGCGGCCUCUUCGCCUCAUUAAUCGGACCGGGGCGCUUUGAAAGCAUCGCGUUCGAGGACGACCGCAAGAGGAAACUGGGGACCGACCCCGCGCAAGCCACCAAGGUUGCGAAUUUCGGGAAGAAGCGGAAGAGGGACGAAAAAGAAGCCGAGGACCACGCCAGAGAGGAGGAGGCAGCUCUCUUGCCCGAGAUCUGGACCCGGAGGAUACGGAAGAGCGGGAGCAGCGCCAUCGUGGUCAUGGCGGACGAGAAGAGUGUCGACCUGGCGCUGAAAGCCAUCGCCAGGGCCAGGAAAACCACCAAGUACCCCGUCUGGGGCGCCGGCGUGCCGGGGGAGGCACCCGGGCUCGGCGCCGCGUGGAUGACGUCCCACCUCCAGGUGUCGCGGUGCGACAAGACGGGCACGCAAAAGGCGGUGCACGCGUUCUUCACGGUGUUCAACCGCAAGGAGAAGGAGGCGGCGGAGAUGGCGAAGAGGUUGCGCAACGAGCCAGACGAGGACGGGUUCGUGACGGUGACGCGCGGGGGCCGCACGGCGCCGGCGACGAGGAACGAGGCCGAGGUGGCGCGGCAGAAGAUGCUGGAGAAGGAGUCCAGGAAGAAGGAGAGCAUGAAGGAUUUCUACCGGUUCCAGCUCCGCGAGAGGCGCAAGGAGGAGCAGGCGGCGCUUAUGCGGCGGUUCGACGAGGACCGGAAGAAGGUGUUUACCAUGAAGGAGAAGCGGGCAAAGUUCAGGCCAGAGACAUGA